GAAACUUCAGGAAAAAGCACUACUGUUUCCGUUGGUGUAUAUAUUGAGUCAAUGUCUUCGUUUAGAGCUCAAACUAUGGAUUUUGAAGUGGAUAUGUAUUUGGCAUUAGGAUGGCAUGAUCGUCGCUUAGCUCACAACUGUACACAUCCAAUCUUAGUUGCUCAUAAAUUUAUUGCUGAUCGAUUGUGGCAACCAGACUUAUAUUUUGUUAAUUCUAAAUUUGCAUAUCUACAAGAAAUUACCACACCAAAUUUUAUGUUUCUUAUCUAUCCGGAUGGCCUGAUAUUCAAAUCAAUGAGAAUUGAUGUAACAUUGUCUUGCAUGAUGGAUUUGAAAAGAUUUCCGCUGGAUAAGCAAGAAUGUCCAAUUCUUAUUCAAAUUUCUUAUGUGGAAAAUAUGGUUAACCUUACAUGGCACGUAGAUCCACCAAAUUUUCCAAUUGGUAACAAUGCUGAAAUCAAACUGAAUGAUAUGCUAAUUACUGGAACCAAGUAUGAGAAGUGUAAUGGUCCUUAUCCGAUCUGCAGUAGUGGGUAUAGCUUUGUUGACAGUAACUGGUCGUGUAUUCGUGCAUAUAUUAUCAUGAAACGACUGGUCUUGUUUCAUAUAAUUCAAACAUAUAUUCCAACAAGUAUGCUUGUUUCCAUAUCCUGGAUGAGCUUUUGGCUUGACCCUCGAGCUUCUCCUGCACGAAUAACGCUGACUAUUACAACGCUGCUGACGUUGACAACAAUGAGCAACGGAGCACGCCAGGAUCUUCCUCAGGUUCCGCUUUCAACUACUUUAUUCAUUUAUCUAAAUUUCGUCAGUUUCUUUUUUUUGAUAGCAACUUUUUUGCAGUUUAUAUGCAUCAAAAUUCUGCUUGAAUCGCUAAGCAUGGUUGGUUAUAAAUGUUAUUCACAUUUAGGUUUUGACCGCAAAAAAAUUGCUUUCUCUGUUCGUUUAUUUGUUUCUUACCUAACUGUUCAGUCUACAGCCUAG